ACCCCUCGAGUGCAUGCGUGCUGGCCCACGGUAGAUGUUUGGAAACAGGCCCGAUUUUGGCGCGGAAUGAGCCGCGGGAGGCCCUGGCCGCGCUACGACAGCCGAAGACAGGAGCUAGCGAGGGAGGAUUGUUGAUAAGAAGUAUCAACACUCAAGUCUGAGGUGGACCUAGAGGAUUUGCUUAGUCAUUCCCACCCACUAGUGAAGCACUGUUCAGGGCCACUCAUUUAUCAGUCAUGACUAUGGAUUCCCUAGACAUUGCUGGAUCAGCUCAACAAGAGUUUGUCACAGACAGCAAUGAAGCUCUCGAAUUCAAGCUGGUGAGGUGCAAGGAAGAUCUUGAACGAGACGAGACGACUUUUAAACCGGAGAUGUCACAUCAAAUAUUUGGAGAGACUGAAACCAUCUUCGGAUACAAGGAACUCAGUGUGAAAUUGUACUACUCGGCCGCCCGUCUCUCCCCAUACCUGGGCAUGUCCUACACAUCCAAGGUGGACCCCAAGAAGGCCGAGGGCGUCCAACCAGACGAAGUCCUGAAGCCGGUGGCCGAGAAGCUUCCACAGGCGUUCUUCACCAACCUGGACGACUUUGUGAAGGCGCUGGACAAGGACGCGUCGUUUCGUCCAUACGGCGAGCUCCUGCACACCUUCGGUCCCAGCCUGUCGUCGGACGGGGAUGGGGCGAGCCCGCGCACCUUCGAGGUGUACCUAGCCACGGCUGAGACGCCCGGUCUGCGGGAGCAUCACGAGGCACUGCAGACUUUCCUCCUCUGGUACAUCGACGCCGCCAGCUUCAUCGACAUCGACGACGACCGCUGGCGCUUCUUCGUCUGCUUUGAGCGGUACAAGACGGCGGAGGGCGAAACGCGAUACGCAGUGGCCGGCUACACCACCGUGUAUGAGUACUACGCCUAUCCUUGCCACGUGCGGCCACGCAUCAGCCAGAUGCUCGUGCUGCCGCCCUUCCAGAAGCUGGGCAUCGGUGCGGAGAUGCUGGACAUCGUCUACAGACACUACAAGAACAACGAGAAGGUCGUAGACAUCACGGUCGAGGACCCCUCGGAGAACUUCACGCGACUGCGGGACUUUGUCGACUGCAGAAACUGCGCCAAGCUCUCAUGCUUCCAGCCGCUCAAGCUGGCACAAGGGUUUUCACCCACGAUGGCAGACGACGCAAAGAAAGAGCUGAAGAUGAGCAGCAAACAGGUCCGCAGGGUGUACGAAAUCCUACGCCUCCGUGCCACCAACCUCUCCGACAAGGAGGAGUACAGGAACUUCCGUCUAGACGUCAAGAAACGGCUGAACAUGCCCUAUCAGAAGGAGGACUCGGACAUGAAAAAGCUGCUGAAGGUCCUGCGGCCGGAGGAGUUGGCCGUCUCGGUCACGGGGCGAGAGCAGAGGAUCGAAACCCUGGACCGGAUGUAUAACCAGCUGGAGGAGGAAUACAAACACGUCCUGGAAAGAUUGGCUGUUCUUUAAUCUUGCCUGUGCGUUUGGUGGUAAUGUCCGGCGUAUUUUGUCGCUGAAUGCUGGUUCCGUUUGUUAAUAAAACGUGCAUCUGAUCG